GUCUGGGGUUGUAUAACAAUAGGCGUGUCGCUGAGCCCUCAAAUCAUUGAAUGUUGAGGCCAUGAAGAAACCUACAGGCUUACUGAGACUUUCACUGUCAAUUGGCCUACUAAUUCUAUAUACUUCGGCCGAAUCCAAUGCACCUGUGGUCCAGACCAAACUGGGGGGACUGAGAGGGCAGUAUGUGAGCGUAAAGGGGAAGGAGACCGUGGUGCAGGCCUACCUGGGUGUGCCGUUUGCCAAACCACCUAUUGGCCCCCUGAGACUGGCCCCGCCCCAGCCUGUGGAGGGAUGGGAGGGAGUGAGGGACGCCACCCAGCAGCCUCUCAUGUGUCUUCAAGACAGACAAAUUACAAAAGACCUUUUCUCCAAUGUGUCCAUGACAGUGGAAAUCCCAGAGGUGUCAGAAGAUUGUCUUUAUCUCAACAUUUACACUCCAGUUAAACCUGCUGAGAAAACAAGGCUUCAUGUCAUGGUUUGGAUCCAUGGUGGAGGAUUCGCCAUUGGCUCUGCAUCAACAUAUGAUGGUUCUGCUUUGGCUGCAUACCAGGAUGUGGUUGUAGUGCUGAUCCAAUACCGUUUGGGACUGCUGGGGUUCUUCAGCACAGGUGACAAGUAUGCCCCAGGGAACAUGGGACUAAUUGACCAGGUGGAAGCUUUGCGGUGGGUCAAGGAGCACAUACACAACUUUGGGGGCGACUCCAAGUCGGUCACCAUAUUUGGAGAGUCUGCUGGUGGAGUGAGUGUAUCAUUACUGCUUCUCUCUCCGUUGUCUACUGGUUUGUUCCAUGGUGCGAUAGCCGAGAGUGGUACCGCAGUGAUGGACGCGCUCUUCAAUCCCAAUCCCCUGCCUGUGGCCCAGAUGGUGGCAAACAUGUCUGGUUGUGAAAGCACCAACACAGAGAAGAUAGCAGACUGUGUGAGGAAGUUGACCGCUGACGACAUUUUAAACAUUCACAAACAGAAUCAAAUGCUAGCGUUUGUUGUGACUGUUGACGGGCAGUUCUUGCCAAAGUCGGCGAUGGAAAUUUCCCAAAACCAUGAGAUGCACAAGGUACCGUUUAUGACUGGAGUCAAUGACAACGAAGGUGGCUGGAUUAUAGGAAAGUUAUUUGCUCCUCCAGGUUGGGAGAAUGGAGUGGACCGGGUGAAGGUCAUGCCCAUUAUGGCCAUGUUCUACCCUGAUCCCAAGGAUCAGUGGAUAACUGAGCUGAUAGCAGAUGAAUACCUGGGAACCUCUGGAAAUCGGGUGAAAAACCGUGAUGGGUUCACUGAGCUGGUUGGGGACAUUAUGUUUACCAUUCCUGCCCUUCAAACAGCAAACUUCCACAGAGAUGCAGGUGUGCCUGUGUACCUGUAUGAGUUCCAGCAAACUCCCAGCAUGCUUAAGAAGAUGAGGCCGAGUUUUGUUGGGUCUGACCACGGAGAUGAGCUUAUGUUUGUUUUUGGAUCCUGCUUCACAUCACAUGUUAUAAUGGAUGUCUUGUGUACAGAGGAAGAGGAACAACUAAGCAAAAUCAUGAUGAGUUACUGGGGUAACUUUGCUCAUACAGGUUUCCAGAACAUAUCUGUCUCUAACGGGGCUGGCCUGGUUCAGUGGCCACAGUACGGACCAGAAGGAGAUUACUUGGGUAUUGGGCUGGAGCAGGUACCUGGUCAACACCUGAAGAGGGACCGCUUCACCUUCCUGACACAGACUGUUCCUGAGAAACUGCGCUUGGGUCGAGAGAAGAUGGAGCACAGUAAUCUACCAAAAACUGGGCCGGUGGUCCAGACCAAACUGGGGGGUCUGAGAGGGCAGUAUGUGAGCGUAAAGGGGAAGGAGAUGGUGGUGCAGGCCUACCUGGGUGUGCCGUUUGCCAAACCACCUGUUGGCCCCCUGAGAUUGACCCCGCCCCAGACUGUGGAGGGAUGGGAGGGAAUUAGGGACGCCACCCAGCAGCCUCUCAUGUGUCUUCAAGACAGACAAAUUACAGUAGACCUUUUCUCCAAUGUGUCCUUGACAGUGGAUAUCCCAGAGGUGUCAGAAGAUUGUCUUUACCUCAACAUUUACACCCCGGUUAAACCUGCUGAGAAUACCAAGCUUCCUGUCAUGGUUUGGAUACAUGGUGGAGGAUUCGCCAUUGGCUCUGCAUCAACAUAUGAUGGUUCUGCUUUGGCUGCAUACCAGGAUGUGGUUGUAGUGCUGAUCCAAUACCGUUUGGGUCUGCUGGGGUUCUUCAGCACAGGUGACAAGUAUGCCCCAGGGAACAUGGGACUAAUUGACCAGGUGGAAGCUUUGCGGUGGGUCAAGGAGCACAUACACAACUUUGGGGGCGACUCCAAGUCGGUCACCAUAUUUGGAGAGUCUGCUGGUGGAGUGAGUGUAUCAUUACUGCUUCUCUCUCCGUUGUCUACUGGUUUGUUCCAUGGUGCGAUAGCCGAGAGUGGUACCGCAGUGAUGGACGCGCUCUUCAAUCCCAAUCCCCUGCCUGUGGCCCAGAUGGUGGCAAACAUGUCUGGUUGUGAAAGCACCAACACAGAGAAGAUAGCCGACUGUGUGAGGAAGUUGACCGCUGACGACAUUUUAAACAUUCACAAACAGAAUCAAAUGCUAGCGUUUGUUGUGACUGUUGACGGGCAGUUCUUGCCAAAGUCGGCGAUGGAAAUUUCCCAAAACCAUGAGAUGCACAAGGUACCGUUUAUGACUGGAGUCAAUGACAACGAAGGUGGCUGGAUUAUAGGAAAGUUAUUUGCUCCUCCAGGUUGGGAGAAUGGAGUGGACCGGGUGAAGGUCAUGCCCAUUAUGGCCAUGUUCUACCCUGAUCCCAAGGAUCAGUGGAUAACUGAGCUGAUAGCAGAUGAAUACCUGGGAACCUCUGGAAAUCGGGUGAAAAACCGUGAUGGGUUCACUGAGCUGGUUGGGGACAUUAUGUUUACCAUUCCUGCCCUUCAAACAGCAAACUUCCACAGAGAUGCAGGUGUGCCUGUGUACCUGUAUGAGUUCCAGCAAACUCCCAGCAUGCUUAAGAAGAUGAGGCCGAGUUUUGUUGGGUCUGACCACGGAGAUGAGCUUAUGUUUGUUUUUGGAUCCUGCUUCACAUCACAUGUUAUAAUGGAUGUCUUGUGUACAGAGGAAGAGGAACAACUAAGCAAAAUCAUGAUGAGUUACUGGGGUAACUUUGCUCAUACAGGGUCUCCUAACGGGGCUGGCCUGGUUCAGUGGCCACAGUACGGACCAGAAGGAGAUUACUUGGGUAUUGGGCUGGAGCAGGUACCUGGUCAACACCUGAAGAGGGACCGCUUCACCUUCCUGACACAGACUGUUCCUGAGAAACUGCGCUUGGGUCGAGAGAAGAUGGAGCACAGUAAUCUACCAAAAACUGGGCCGGUGGUCCAGACCAAACUGGGGGGUCUGAGAGGGCAGUAUGUGAGCGUAAAGGGGAAGGAGAUGGUGGUGCAGGCCUACCUGGGCGUGCCGUUUGCCAAACCACCUGUUGGCCCCCUGAGAUUGACCCCGCCCCAGACUGUGGAGGGAUGGGAGGGAAUUAGGGACGCCACCCAGCAGCCUCUCAUGUGUCUUCAAGACAGACAAAUUACAGUAGACCUUUUCUCCAAUGUGUCCUUGACAGUGGAUAUCCCAGAGGUGUCAGAAGAUUGUCUUUACCUCAACAUUUACACCCCGGUUAAACCUGCUGAGAAUACCAAGCUUCCUGUCAUGGUUUGGAUCCAUGGUGGAGGAUUCGCCAUUGGCUCUGCAUCAACAUAUGAUGGUUCUGCUUUGGCUGCAUACCAGGAUGUGGUUGUAGUGCUGAUCCAAUACCGUUUGGGACUGCUGGGGUUCUUCAGCACAGGUGACAAGUAUGCCCCAGGGAACAUGGGACUAAUUGACCAGGUGGAAGCUUUGCGGUGGGUCAAGGAGCACAUACACAACUUUGGGGGCGACUCCAAGUCGGUCACCAUAUUUGGAGAGUCUGCUGGUGGAGUGAGUGUAUCAUUACUGCUUCUCUCUCCGUUGUCUACUGGUUUGUUCCAUGGUGCGAUAGCCGAGAGUGGUACCGCAGCGAUGGACGUGCUCUUCAAUCCCAAUCCCCUGCUUGUGGCACAGACGGUGGCAAACAUGUCUGGCUGUGAAAGCACCAACACAGAGAAGAUAGCAUACUGUGUGAGGAAGUUGACCGCUGAUCACAUUAUGAACAUUCAAAAACAGAAUCAAAUGCUAUACUUUGGUGUGACUGUUGACGGGCAGUUCUUGUCCAAAUCAGCAAUGGAGAUUUCCCAAAACCAUGAGAUGCACAAGGUGCCGUUUAUGACUGGUGUCAAUGACAACGAAGUUGGCUGGCUUUUAGCAAAGUUAUUUGCUCCUCCAGGUUGGGAGAAUGGAGUGGACCGGGUGAAGGUCAUGCCCAUUAUGGCCAUGUUCUACCCUGAUCCCAAGGAUCAGUGGAUAACUGAGCUGAUAGCAGAUGAAUACCUGGGAACCUCUGGAAAUCGGGUGAAAAACCGUGAUGGGUUCACUGAGCUGGUUGGUGACAUUAUGUUUACCAUUCCUGCCCUUCAAACGGCAAACUUCCACAGAGAUGCAGGUGUGCCUGUGUACCUGUAUGAGUUCCAGCAAACUCCCAGCAUGCUUAAGAAGAUGAGGCCGAGUUUUGUUGGGUCUGACCACGGAGAUGAGCUUAUGUUUGUUUUUGGAUACUGCUUCACAUCACAUGUUAUAAUGGAUGGUUGUACAGAGGAAGAUGAACAACUAAGCAGAAUCAUGAUGAGUUACUGGGGUAACUUUGCUCGUACAGGGUCUCCUAACGGGGCUGGCCUGGUUCAGUGGCCACAGUACGGACCAGAAGGAGAUUACCUGGGGAUUGGGCUGGAGCAGGUACCUGGUCAACACCUGAAGAGGGACCGCUUCACCUUCCUGACACAGACUGUUCCUGAGAAACUGCAUUUGGGUCGAGAGAAGAUGGAGCAAAGUGAUCUACCAAAAACUGGGCCGGUGGUCCAGACCAAACUGGGGGGUCUGAGAGGGCAGUAUGUGAGUGUAAAGGGGAAGGAGAUGGUGGUGCAGGCCUACCUGGGCGUGCCGUUUGCCAAACCACCUGUUGGCCCCCUGAGAUUGACCCCACCUCAGCCUGUGGAGGGAUGGGAGAGAGUGAGGGACGCCACCCAGCAGCCUCUCAUGUGUCUUCAAGACGGACAGCUCACAGUAGACCUUGCGUCCAAUUGGUCAAUCAAAGUGGAAAUCCCAGCAGUGUCAGAAGACUGUCUUUAUCUCAACAUAUACACCCCGGCUAAACCUGCUGAGAAUACCAAGCUUCCUGUCAUGGUUUGGAUCCAUGGUGGAGGAUUUGUCAUGGGCUCUGCAUCAACAUAUGAUGGUUCUGCUUUGGCUGCCUACCAGGAUGUGGUUGUGGUGCUGAUCCAAUACCGUUUGGGACUGCUGGGGUUCUUCAGCACAGGAGACAAGUAUGCCCCAGGGAACAUGGGACUACUUGACCAGGUGGAAGCUUUGCGGUGGGUCCAGGAGCACAUCCACAACUUUGGGGGCGACUCCAAGUCGGUCACCAUAUUUGGAGAGUCUGCUGGUGGAGUGAGUGUAUCAUUACUGCUUCAUUCACCGUUGUCUGCUGGUCUGUUCCAUCAUGCGAUAGCUGAGAGUGGUACUGCAGCUAUGGAACCUAUCAUAAAUUCCGACCCCUUGUCUGUGGCCCAGAUGGUGGCAACCAUAUUGGGCUGUAACAGCAACAACACAGAGCAGAUUGCAGACUGUGUGGAGAAGUUGACUGCUGAUGACAUAGUUAAUGUUCAUAAACAGAACAAAAUGUUGCGAAUUGGUGUGACUGUUGACGGGCAUUUCCUGCCCAAGUUGUUGACUGAGAGUUUCCAAAACCAUGAGAUGCACAAGGUGCCAUUUAUGACGGGCACCAAUACUGACGAAGGUUGGCUACUGGCGAACAUGAUGGCACCUCCUGGUUGGGUGGAUGGAAUAGACCGGGAUCAGGUCAUGCCUCUUCUGGCAUUAUGUUACCCUGAUCCCAAGGAUCAGUGGAUAACUGAGCUGAUAGCAGAUGAAUACCUGGGAACCUCUGGAGAUCGGAUUAAAAACCGUGAUGGGUUCACUGAGCUGGUUGGGGAUGCUUUGUUUACCAUUCCUGCUCUUACGACAGCAGGCUUCCACAGAGAUGCAGGUGUGCCUGUGUACCUGUAUGAGUUCCAGCAAACUCCCAGCAUGCUUAAGAAGAUGAGGCCGAGUUUUGUUGGGUCUGACCACGGAGAUGAGCUUAUGUUUGUUUUUGGAUACUGCUUCACAACAUCACAUAUUACAAUUGAUGCCUUAUGUACAGAGGAAGAUGAACAGCUUAGCGGAAUCAUGAUGCGUUACUGGGGCAACUUUGCUCGUACAGGGUCUCCUAACGGGGCUGGCCUGGUUCAGUGGCCACAGUACGGACCAGAAGGAGAUUACCUGGGGAUUGGGCUGGAGCAGGUACCUGGUCAACACCUGAAGAGGGACCGUUUCACCUUCAUGACAAAGAUCCUCCCUGAGAAAGUGCGUUUGGUUCAAGAGAAGAUUAAGCACAGCGAGCUGUAAAGCUCAUCUCAAAGGUUUUGCAUUAUUCAACUCAGACUGUU